AGAAUAUAAUCACUUCAAGCAAUCUUCUUGUUAACAUAUUCACCACAUAUCUCAAAAUGAGGAAACACAGCUACUACUCUAUUUUGGUCAUUUUUGGAUCACUUCUCUAUUUGCCUUUAUUCUUGAAUGCAACAUCCAUUAGUCAUCACAAAGAGUGUCAUGAUGAGGUGGAGUUUGAUUAUAUAGAAGGGAGUAAGAAAGGUCCAAGUAAAUGGGGAGAGUUAAAAAAAGAAUGGGAAACUUGCAAUUUUGGGAAGAUGCAAUCUCCAAUUGACAUUUCAAGUUGUAAUGUCAAAAUUCAGAGAAAGUUGGAUCACAAGAAAAUUUACAAGCCAUGUAAUUCUACAAUAAAGAAUAGAGGCCAUGCCAUUUCAUUGCAAUGGCAUGGGGAUGCUGGAUCCAUUUGGAUGAAUGGCACGAAAUACUCCCUUCUACAAAUUCAUUGGCAUUCUCCUUCUGAACAUACCAUCAAUGGUAGAAGGUAUGCCUUGGAAUUGCAUAUGGUUCACCAAAGCACUGAGGAGAAGGUGAACAAUAAGAUAGUUGUUAAUGCUGUCCUUUACAAAUUAGGCUUACCAGAUCCAUUUCUUUUUACGUUGGGGAGACACAUAUUUUCAAUGAUUGAUCAAGAAGGUGCAGAGAGGAACUUGGGAAUGAUUAAUCCAAAUUACAUUGCUAAUAUGCAUAGCAAAAGAUAUUAUGAGUACAAGGGUUCACUCACUACCCCUCCUUGCACAGAAGGUGUCACUUGGAUCGUCAACAAGAAGGUACAAACUGUAUCAAUAUUUCAAGUGAUGUUGCUCCGAAAAGCUGUCCUUGAUUAUGCUGAAAGUAAUGCAAGGCCACAGCAACCACUUAACAACAGACAGAUCAAUCUUUUACUCUCCAAGCACUAGAGCCCCUCAAUUUUCAAUAAGUGUCAAAAGUCUACUAUUAGUUUUUCUUCUUCUUCGGUCGAUGUUUAGUACCUGCUUUGAGACUCGGCUAAUUCAGAUCCACGCUGGGAAAUCUCAUUUUGGAGAAAGCGCUUUCUAUCAAAGGCGACUCUAUAUUAGGAUUUGUAUCCGAAACCUCUGGUUGAGGAUCGAGAAGUACUCAUCGCUCUACCAUAAUCUCUGGUGGUUACUAUUAGUCUAUUGCGCUCUUUCAAAACUGCUAUUUUAUUUUUAUAGAAAUGGUGGAAGGAUGAAGUAGAAAGAAGAUGUUUUCAACAUUUGUACUGAAAUUUUAUCAGAAUAUUGAUGGGAGAAUUGAAAUAAUAUUAGAGAGCCUUAAUGAGAAAGAU